GGGCCGCUGCUGGCCCGGCUCCGCCGCCUCGACACCGCCGUCCUCAUCGGAGAAACGGGCUCAGGGAAGACCACUCAGCUGCCUCAGUACCUGUUUGAAGCAGGGAUUGGCCACCCUGGCGUCAUUGCUGUGACCCAGCCCCGCAGGGUGGCAGCUGUCACCCUGGCUGCCAGAGUCGCCGAGGAGAAGAGGACAGAGCUGGGGAAGCUGGUCGGCUACACCGUGCGCUUUGAUGAUUGCUCGUGUGCCGAGACCAGGAUCCGGUUCCUGACGGACGGGAUGCUGCUGCGAGAGGCCAUCGGGGACCCUCUGCUGCACAAGUACAGCGUGGUCAUCCUGGACGAGGCCCACGAGAGGACCAUCCACACGGAUGUGCUCUUUGGAGUGGUCAAAGCCGCACAAAAGAAGCGAAAGGAGCGGGGCCAGCGGCCACUGAAAGUGAUCAUCAUGUCAGCCACGAUGGAUGUUGACCUGUUCUCCCAGUAUUUCAGUGGAGCUCCUGUCCUCUAUCUGGAAGGCCGGCAGCAUCCCAUUGACAUCUUCUACACCACGGAGAGGCAGAGUGACUACCUGCAGGCAGCACUGGUGUCCAUCUUCCAAAUCCACCAGGAAGCCCCUGCAUGCCAGGACAUCCUGGUGUUCCUGACUGGUCAGGAAGAAAUUGAAGCAAUGACCAAAACCUGUCGAGACGUUGCCCAGCAUCUCCCUGAGGGCUGCCCACGGAUGACAGUGCUGCCCCUUUAUGCUUCUCUGCCCCACUCCCAACAACUCCGAGCCUUUAAACCUAGCCCAGAGGGCUGUCGCAAAGUGAUCCUCUCCACCAACAUUGCAGAAACCUCCAUCACCAUUGCAGGGAUAAAAUUCGUUGUGGACACAGGCAUGGUCAAAGCCAAGAAGUACAGCCCUGAAACUGGCCUGGAGGUGCUGGCAGUGCAGCAGGUGUCCAAGGCCCAGGCUUGGCAGCGCACAGGGAGAGCAGGGAGGCAGCAGAGUGGGAUCUGCUACCGGCUCUACACAGAGGAGGACUUCGAGAAGUUCGAUGAAAUGACAACACCCGAGAUACAGAGGUGUAACCUGGCCAGUGUGGUGCUUCAGCUCCUGGCCCUGAAAAUUCCCAAUGUGCUCACCUUUGACUUCAUGUCCAAACCAUCUCCUGAUGCUAUUCAAGCAGCAAUUGAUCAGCUGGACCUGCUAGGAGCUGUGACCCAAAAGGAAGGUCAGCUUGUCCUGACCCCCCUGGGAAAGAAAAUGGCAGCCUUUCCACUGGAUCCAAAGUUCUCCAAGGCCAUCCUCCUGUCCCCCAAGUUCCACUGUGCAGAGGAGAUCCUGACCAUCGUGUCACUGUUAUCAGUGGACAGUGUCCUCCACAACCCCCCUGCCCAGCGGGAUGAGGUGCAGGCUGUCAGGAAGAAAUUCAUCUCCAGUGAGGGGGAUCACCUGACCCUGCUCAACGUGUACAGGGCCUACAAGAAUGUCAACGGGCACAAGGGAUGGUGCAGAGAGAACUUCAUCAACGGCAGGAACAUGAAGCUGAUGGCAGAAGUCAGAGCUCAGCUCAGGGACAUUUGUGUAAAGCUGUCGCUGCCUCUCGAGUCGUGCCGCGGGGACACGGCGAGCGUGCGGCGCUGCCUGGCCCACAGCCUGUUCAUGAACGCGGCCGAGCUGCGGCCCGACGGCUCCUACGGCACCGUGGACUCGCACCAGGCCGUGGCCAUCCACCCGUCGUCGGUGCUGUUCCAGGGCAGGCCGGCCUGCGUGGUGUACAACGCUCUGCUGCGCACCAACAGGUGCUACAUGCGCGACCUGUGCGUGGUGGAUGCGGAGUGGCUGCACGAGGCCGCGCCCGAUUAUUUCCGCAGGAAACUCCGCACGGCCAAGAGCUGAGCCUGGGUGUGGCACCAGCUGGAGCAGCUUCGCCUUGGAAGACUUAUUUUUUUUAAUGGAUAUAUAUGUAUUACCGUGUUUUUUUUAUAGGCAGGAUAAUUUAAGCGUGCUUAAGGAAGUGGAGAGGGGUAUUUAUUUAGAUUGGAUUUAUAUGUUUUUUUCCAGAAUAAAGAAGUGAUGGUGAAAAUCCAAA